GCAUCGUUCUGUCUCUUUACAGUAGUUGUUGCCGUUUACUGGGAUCCUGCUGACCCUCCCCUGUAGUGUUGGGAGAGAGUUUGCCUCUUUGUUGUCAACAGCUGCAUGAUUGGUGUCUGAGACAGGACGUACGUACGCAGCGUGAAGUCACCGCACACAAUGGACCGGGGUGGUCGUAGCGACGGACAUACCUCCGGCCAGCGACAGCCGCCACUGUACGUUACCAUCCAGACGAUUCUGGAUAAAUAUCCGGACGGCCAAAUAUUCAAGGAGAUAAUUCAGAACGCUGAUAAUGCUGGAGCAAGCACUGUGCACUUCUACCUGGACAGCCGUCAGCAUGGAUCACAGUUACUGAUUCACCCCAGUCUUGGCCAGUUCCAGGGACCGUCUCUACUCUCCUACAAUGACGCCAUGUUCCAGGAAAAAGACUGGCAGAGUAUUCAGGACAUGCAGCAGAGUGUAAAAGCGGGAGACCCUUUUAAAGUUGGAAAAUUUGGAAUUGGUUUCGACUCAGUCUAUCACAUAACAGACCUGCCCACCAUUGUCAGUGGGAACAGACUGGCCUACCUUGAUCCACAUGAGGAGAUCUGGCCUCGGCAGACUAGACAGUGGUAUGAUAUCAACAAGAAUGCACACUGUUCAGACACAUUUGCGCCUUUUGAAGGGCUGUGUGGUUUUUCGGUUAAAAACUGUAGGUACAAUGGUACUCUUUUUCGGUUUCCACUGCGCAAUGUAAGUCGAGCAAAGCGGGUGUCAUCUCAUACGUAUGACAUAAAUAAGCUUCGAAACCUUCUCGGUGCUCUUCAGGAAGAAGCUAAGUGCAUUUUGCUUUUUCUUAGAUCUGUUCACAGUGUGAAAGUCUUUGAAAUUGAGAGUACUGGCAAGCAUUCAAAAAUGUUGGAUAUCGGCAUAUCUGAAGUUUCGUCACUCAGCCAACUGAGUCAAAACGCAUUCAUGUUUUCAAGCUAACCUCAUGAGGCAUUUCGAGACACAGUCCUACGGUAUCAGGGAUAUGUUGAGGGAAGUGGUGCAUGUUCAGGUCGAUGUUAAUGAUUGGCAGACACGAAAAACAGGUUCCAGCAUGUGGCUGGUAGCAACACAAGUGGGAUCCCAGUCAGAAAAGGUAAGAAGACUAGCAAAAGAGUUGAAAGUGUUCCCAUGGGUUGGGGUGGCACUAGAAACAAGUGCAGAUAGCAGUGGAGGGCGUGUGUAUUGUGUUCUGCCAAUGCCUCUUGAGGUAACAUGUAACUUACCGGUACAUGUGAAUGGUACAUUCAGCCUCAAUGACGAACGGCGGGAACUAAAAUGGCAAACUAUUGAGCGACGAAACGAUCCAUCAGCUCAGUGGAACCAUUUGCUAGUCAGAGAGCUCCUGCCUCCCUGCUAUGCCAUGCUGCUUCUAGACCACGCUAAGAUUCUUUUAGAGCCUGAUCAUUCUGCCAAGCCUGGCCUGAUACCAGUAAGGUGACGGGAACACCCUGGCAAGAAAUACUCUCACCUCUCCUGAGAACCCUGUUUUCCAGUGAUGUCAUUCCUUUCUCAAAACCAGGGGGUCCAUACAUGGAUUAAGGUCAGCUCAGCUAUCUUUGUUCCCAGAGGAGUAACGCUACACG